UACGUGUCGAGCUCGAGAGAGCCUUUUGAUGGCAGCCAAAGCCGAGAAGCAUUAUCGGAGCUAUCAUCUCUGGAUCAGCUCAACGAAUGUUGGGAUCCGCCACAACACUUCUGACAGCUGCCGGAGACGAACCUCACGUGACCGUUCUUCAGAUCGGGUCUUCUGUGUUUAACCGUCGACGAGUACUCUUCUUCUUCUUCUUCUUCCUCGUUCGCAUUGUUCAGUCUUGAAACACCUUAAUGGCGACAAUGAGCAAAGCUCAAAGGACCAAACCCACUCCUGGAUCUCAGCGUCUUGUUCUGUUAUGUAUAGUUGUGUUCGCAUUCCUCCUCCUGCUCUCUUCGGUGAUCUCCACCGGAAAACUAGGAUUGCCGUAUCAACAAACCCUAAUCGAUUAUUUCGUGUGGUCUCCUCGUGGUAAGAGACAUCAUUCGUUGUCGGAGAAGUACUUGUAUUGGGGAAACAGAAUCGAUUGUCCUGGCAAAAACUGCGAGACCUGUGCUGGCUUGGGUCACCAAGAAUCUAGCCUCAGGUGUGCCCUUGAAGAAGCCAUGUUUCUUAACAGGACCUUUGUAAUGCCUUCUGGAAUGUGCAUCAAUCCAAUACAUAAUAAGAAAGGUAUACUCAAUCGAUCUGAUAACAAAACUACAGAGGAAGGUUGGGUCGGGAGCUCUUGUGCAAUGGACUCCUUGUAUGACAUUGACCUCAUAUCUGAGAAGAUACCAGUGAUAUUAGAUGACUCCAAAACAUGGCAUAUUGUUCUAUCUACAAGUAUGAAGUUGGGAGAAAGAGGGAUUGCACAUGUUAGUGGAGUUAGUCGACACAGGCUAAAAGAGAGUCACUACUCAAAUCUCUUGAUCAUUAACCGAACCGCAAGUCCACUUGCUUGGUUCGUUGAGUGCAAAGAUAGAAGCAAUCGUAGUGCUGUCAUGCUUCCUUAUUCAUUUCUCCCUAAUAUGGCAGCUGCGAAAUUGAGAAACGCCGCCGAAAAGAUAAAAGCACAACUUGGUGAUUAUGAUGCCAUCCACGUUCGUCGAGGGGACAAACUGAAAACCAGAAAAGACAGAUUUGGAGUUGAAAGGAUUCAAUUUCCUCAUCUAGACAGAGAUACGCGCCCUGAGUUUAUCCUUCGCAGGAUAGAGAAGCGGAUCCCACGAGGAAGGACUCUUUUUAUUGGUUCUAAUGAAAGGAAGCCUGGUUUUUUCUCUCCUCUCGCCAUCAGGUACAAACUGGCUUACUCAUCGAAUUUUAGCGAGAUUCUGGAUCCUAUAAUCGAGAAUAAUUACCAGUUAUUCAUGAUGGAGAGACUGGUAAUGAUGGGAGCCAAAACAUACUUCAAAACAUUUAAAGAGUACGAAACAGAUCUCACCUUAACUGAUGAUCCUAAAAAGAACAAGAACUGGGAAAUACCAGUGUACACCAUGGAUGAAAGAAAAGAAGAAGCAAGCUAAAGUUUGUGCCUUUACAAGGUCUCAUUGCAAAUCUACUCAAACUGGUUCCAAACUUAGUCUUGUAACUUCCCACGUUCUUCUAGUCAAAUGCUAAAUCAGUGUAUGUAAAAACUAGAGCAGAGUUAUAGAGGUUUUUCAUUGGCUUCCAAACGGUUCUUGUGUAAAUGGGUUUUGUAAGAACAGAUGUAGUAAGAUCUGUGUUUUUUGAAGUUUCAAAUAUGUAAGCUUAUGAGUGUUUCUCUUAA